AUAUUCCUAAAGAUAAAUUCGUCGAUAAAAUAUUAUCAAUUUUUCGGUACCAGGAAUCGUUGACAUAAGAAAUUUUUAAAUAUGUUGGACGUUGAUUUAUUGGUUUUAUUAUCGGCUUGUGUUUGUAUUGUCAGCUUGACAACUGUUGUUUUUUUUUCUUUGAAAAAAAAGGGAAAAAAACAAACAAAAUAUUUACGAGAUUUAUUUUACAAAAUGUUUAAUUUCCAACUACUAAUAUUGGCGGACAUUUUCACAUAGGUAAGGGUCGAACUAUUGAACACCUGAACCGACAGGUGUAAUAUCAAGAUGUAAUUUCGAAAAGUUGCCGUAGGCUCAAACAAUAACCAGCAUAAUGACGAAUCAUAUUUUUAAUUUAAUAAAUUUGUCAUUAUUUUACGAUCUCAGCGAAUCAUUAAAAAUAUCGUAAUUUUCAAAACACGAUGUAAAUUAUGUUAGUUCAACCGAAACAAUCAAAUUUUCAGUCCUUGAGUGAAGUUUCAAAUUAAUCGUACUUAAUGCAUAAUUGUCAGACAAUCCAAAACACCAGCUCUAUGGACUUCGAAAUUCAACUUGAGCGUUUAAUUAUUGAAUGGGUCAACGAAGAGCACCAUCAUGGAUUCGCAGUUACGUGGGGUAAUUCUUUUUCUUAGUUUAGUUUCCAGAGUCAUGGAAGGUCGAGGAGAUACUACGCUUGAGCAAAGCUUACAAUCAAAUUAUUCUGUUCCUACGUUCCCAUCGAGUUUCAGUAUGACCGUAGAUUUAUAUUACAAUACCACUGACAGUAGAGGCACUUUGUCUGCGUCAAUAUGGCUAGCUGGAGAUAAAUUAAAAGCAAGAAUGGAUACAUAUGGAAGUAUUUUGAAAACAUACAUCGAAAAAAAUGACGAAAAAAUGACCACUUAUGAGUUUUUCCCGAUCGCUAUCAAUAGCAAGGAUUUUUGUGUGAAAAAAAUUCUGACGAAAGAUAACACGAUAUUUUUUAUAAAUUUGAACGUGUAUUUGAAAUCAAAUUUUAAACAUGUUGGAAAAGAAAACUUCAGAGGAAUGGAAACAGAUAAAUUUUAUAACGAAACAGAUGGAUUACAAAUCACAGUUUACAUGCGACCCCAAAAAUCCAGUAAAGAUCCGACCAAAGAGAUGCUCACUCCGAUCACUCUCAUUGUAUCGAUGAAGUCACUCACCCAAAGAUACGAAAUAACAAGCUUUUCCGAGGAAAAUUCAUUCGAUGACAUUUUUAUAGAGCCACUAGAUAAAUCUCAAUGCGUUGAUGAUGACGCUAUGGAUAAAAUUUACGACAGAUUGAAGGAAAACUGUGCGCCAAUACGUGAAGAUAGGUUUUCUUUUUCACCAGAAAAAUUACCAGAUAAUUUUGACUGGAGGGAAUUGGGUGCUGUGAAUGAAAAUAAAGAUGAAUGCACUAGAGAACUGUCUUGGAGUUGUGCAGCAGCUGGAGUGGUCGAAGGUGCUUAUUUUCUUAGUACAAAUCGUACAAAAUUACUUCGUCUUUCAAAACAGGUUUUAAUGGACUGCAGCGUCGCAUAUAAACGUGGAAUUGAAGCCAGACCCAGAGCAGGAGAACAUUUUGCGUACGAAUGGAUCAAACACAACGGUGGCAUGCCUGAAGAAAAUGAUUAUCCGGGUCCACAUACGGGAGUGCAUGAAUCUUGCCAAAUUCAAAACGUAUUCACUAAACCAACUACAAUAGAAAUCAGUCGCUGGAGUAAGGUGCCUUCAAAAAAUCCACUUCUUCUUAAGGCAGCUCUUAUACGAUAUGGUCCAAUAGCAGUACGUUUUCAAGCAGAUUUAGCUUCAAUUAUGAAACAUUCGGAGGGAAUUUACAACGACCCAACUUGUGGUGAUAAAGAGUUCAUAUUACCUUAUUGUGGAUUACUAGUUGGGUUUGGUAAAGAAAACAAUGAGGAGUACUGGAUUGUAAACCCUUUUUGGGGUGCAUCUGUUGGGCAACAAGGCUACUUUAAAUUUGCAAUUGAGAAUAACAUUUGUGGUAUUAUGAACGAAGCAACAUUCGUGGUAUUGUAAUAGGUAUUUUCUUCACUCCAUUUCAGAAUUACACUUUUGCAAAAUUAAACUUGAAAUACGUAGGUACCUAUAUGAAACUUUUAUUUUAAUAUUAUAAAUAAUAAAUAUACCACAAAA